AUGGCUGGGCAGCGCCUCCGCCUUAUCGCGUCUGUUUCUGCGCACGUCUCCCUGGACCAACUCGCGCAGCGCCCAUCCGAGAGCCCGGUCCGCGGCCAGGCGCCGUCCCUCCGGCUCCUCCUUUGUCGGGUCUUUGUCCCGCCCCUGGCUGGGCUGGAACAGAACCACUCACCGGGGAUUACAGGAGGGACCUGGCGGCGAGGCGGGGCCUCGGGGUGCGGGGGCGCGGCGAUUGGGUUCGCCCCGGGGGCCGCGCUCCCAGUGCCCGCCCGCGGGCGGCGGCCGCCCCGGAGCCGGAGCCGGAGCCGGAGGAGCCGGAGCCCGACCCGCCGCCCCCGACGCCGCCGCGGAGACAGACGUCAGAGGCGCACGGCCGCGGCUUGCGGACGGGCAGACGGACCGACCGAUCGGGGCGCGGAGAGCAGCGCGCGGCUGCUGGGAGCUGAUACAUCCAUCCGCGGCGCGGGCAGGACCGACCGGCCCGCCGGCUCCGACGAUCGCGCCAUGUCCGACGGCGGCAACAUCACCGGGCUCUUCGCCCCGGACAACUACACGCUGCUGCCCGGCGCGGGCACCCCGAGCCCCAGCCCCAGCCCCGGGCUCAGCCCCAGCCCCGGGCUCAGCCCCAGCCCCGGGCUCAGCCCCAGCCCCAGCCCCGGGUUCAGCCCCAGCCCCAGCCCCGGGAUCAGCCUCGGGCCGGGUCCCAGCGCGGGGUUCAGCGCCGGCCCCGCUGCCGCCCCGGAGCCCACGGCGGGCGGCUUGGCGGGGAGCGCGGUGGCCGGCGCGGGCGCCUCCCCGUUCCCGCCGCCCUGGGCGCCGCUGGAGCCCGCGUUCUGGGACACGCCGCUGAGCCACGGGCUGAACGUGCUGGUGGGCGCCGCCCUGUGCGUGGCCAUGCUGGGCCUGGGCUGCACGGUGGACGCGGGCCGCUUCGGCGCGCACGUGCGGCGGCCGCUGGGCGCGCUGCUGGCCGCGCUCUGCCAGUUCGGCCUCCUGCCGCUGCUCGCCUUCCUGCUGGCGCUGCUCUGCCGGCUGGACGAGGUGGCCGCCCUGGCCGUGCUCCUGUGCGGCUGCUGCCCCGGCGGCAACCUCUCCAACCUCAUGUCCCUGCUGGUGGACGGCGACAUGAACCUCAGCAUCAUCAUGACCAUCUCCUCCACGCUCCUGGCCCUGGCCCUGAUGCCCCUGUGUCUGUGGAUCUACAGCCGGGCGUGGAUCAACACGCCCCUGGUGCAGCUGCUGCCCCUGGGCGCCAUCACCCUGACUCUCUGCAGCACCCUCAUCCCCAUCGGCCUGGGCGUCUUCAUCCGCUACAAAUACAGCCGGGUGGCUGACUACAUUGUGAAGGUUUCCCUGUGGUCUCUGCUCGUGACACUGGUGGUCCUUUUCAUCAUGACCGGCACUAUGUUAGGACCCGAACUGCUGGCGAGCAUUCCUGCCGCCGUUUACAUGAUCGCGAUUUUCAUGCCUCUGGCGGGCUACGCCUCGGGCUACGGCCUCGCCACGCUCUUCCGUCUCCCCCCCAACUGCAAGAGGACCGUCUGCCUGGAGACGGGCAGCCAGAACGUGCAGCUCUGCACCGCCAUUCUCAAGCUGGCCUUCCCCCCGCACCUCAUCGGGAGCAUGUACAUGUUCCCGCUGCUCUACGCCCUCUUCCAGUCUGCAGAGGCGGGGGUGUUCGUGCUGAUCUAUAAGAUGUACGGACGUGAACUACUGCACAAGCAAGAUCCUCUCGAUGAGGACGAAGACACGGACAUUUCUUACAAGAAGCUGAAGGAAGAGGAGAUGGUGGACACCACCUACGGCUCCGUGAACGCGGAGAGCUUGAUGAUGGUGGAGACCACCCAGACUGUUCUCUGAGCAUGGAGACGCAAGGAGCGUCUUGUCUUGCUGACGUUUUCCUGCCUAUUUAUCGUCUGUGGUAGUGUGUAUGGUUUACCUGAAGGGUAGCAGCCAUUGCUUCACAAUAUCAUACUUGUAACCGUUUUGAACUUCCCGAGGUAAGGCCGCCUGGGUGUCCUCACAGGCGUUCUCACCAGCUCCCAGUCGGUGUGGCAUUACCACUCGCACCUGGGACGGCACACGCACGUGAAGCCCGCACAGGUGAAGGGUAUGCUCCUCGGUCUCCACCGUUAGCCAAUUGCUACGACUGUUUCUAAGACGUACACGCUCAGAAAAAAAGGGGGUUUGGGAAAUGUAGAAUUUUGGUGCACUAUCUUAUAGGAGUAAAAACAAGCUAUAUUUGUAAAGCAUCAUGGAGUUUAAUGUGAUUGUAA